AAAAAAAAAAAGCACUCUUUCUCUUUUCUCAUUCAGGAGCUCUGGUAAAAAAGUUAUGGUCUUGUUUAGAUUCAAAAAACCUGAGAGUUCGUUUUGUUAACUCAUGGAAACUGAUACAAGCAAACGCUGUGACAACCUCGUUCACUCUCGCUUCUUCCUCUCUGGGUUCUAUUGCUGGGGUUGGGAAUUCUUGACCGCUCUUCUGCUGUUUAGUUGUUCUGUCUAAAGAAAUCAAACAUCUCAAUUAACGAG